AUGACGCCAACAUGGACUCCGGACAACACGCCCGAUUUGAAGGGCAAGGUGGUUGUUGUAACUGGCUCUAAUAAAGGACUUGGUAUUCAUACGGUUAAACAUCUUGCCAAACACGGGGCCAAAGUCUACUGUGACGCCCGAUCGAAAGAAAGAUUCGACAAAGCUCAACAACAGCUGUUGGAAGAGGAUAUGAACUUCCCUCAUGACCUUUUAGUUUUCUUGAAAUUAGACCUUGGGAACAUCGAUAUAAACGGCGCAGGAAUGGUUAUAAGCCAGUCAAGCGAGGAGAGCGAAUGGGAUGAAGUUAUGACAGUUAACUAUAUUGGGCACUUUGUUCUCACGAACGGACUAUUCCCCUUACUGAAAGCAGCAUGCGCAGAGAAGACUUCGGAUGUUCGAGUAGUUUCGAUUGCUUCCAACACACCCGGAAUAUUCCUACCUAAAAGUUAUGAGUUUGGCUUGACUACCCCCGCCUGCUUUCACAAGGUCGUUCCAUACUAUCCAUGGCGGUGGCAAUACCUCCUUAGCCAAUUCUUCGGAAUGGACAUGGUCCACUAUAGCAUCGCCAAAGUAGCCACUAUGCUAUUCAUCAAGGGACUUCAACAGCGCGUUGAUGAGCAUAACCUACCUAUCCUUUGUCUUAGUCUAAAUCCAGGCGGAGUUGCGACAGAUGGCGCGGAAGAUAUUCUGAAGCCACUAUUCAGGCCUCUUCUUCGAGUUGGUCGAUUUACACCUGACCAAGGGUCAUAUCACUCUCUUUGGGCAGCCACUGCUAAGGGGCCCCGACAGGGCUUUGGAAAAUUUAAGGGGAAUUAUCUCGAGCCGAUUGGAGUCACCACAACACAACACCCGGUAAUGGAUGAUGAAGAACAGCGCAAGGGGCUUUGGGACGUCACAACAGCCGAGGUUAAUAGGUUCCUUGACUCUCGAGGUUUGGGAUCUUUACUAGAAUGGAAAUGA